CUUUCCUCCGACCCUAAGCUAUGAUAUAAUCGCCAACAUUAUUUUCCAUGCGCAAAGCAUAUCCUCGCAAUCAUUUCCUUGCACAAACAUGUCGUUAGCACAGGUCAGCAAAGGCGACAUGCCCUACCAAGUCCGGUCUCUCUACCGGUCGUUACUGCGAACAGGCGGUCAAUUCGCCUCGUACAACUUCCGCGAGUACGCGAAACGGAGAACGCGCGAUGCCUUCCGAGAACACCAAAACGAGACGGAUGAGAGGAGGAUACAAGAGUUGGUGCAAAAAGGCUUGAAGGAACUGCAAGUGAUGAAGAGACAAACGGUCAUCAGCCAGUUCUACCAGCUCGACCGGUUAGUGGUAGAAGGCGGCAAGACGGGGAAGCAGAAGGGCGACGAGGGCGGGAUUGUGCGGCAGAAGGACCAAGGUUGGGAUUGAAGUGCCGCCGUGGAUCAGAAGUGCAAAUUCGGAUCUUUUGUAACAGGAGCUACAUACUCUUCUCGGACUGUUUGGGGCAAAUCGCAUUGGAGAGGGUGUUGCAGAGCGCACCCGUCCGCGACUGUACUAUACUGAAGUCUGCUUUCCCCGAGGGCUAGAAGACGGAUACGUCGCUGUAGAUAUAUGACUCUCAUAACUCCGUCGAUUUUGA